CUCUCAACAUCCUUACAAUAUUGUUUCCCCAAAGCCUGUCCACAUGGGCGCACCAUCUUACCAUUGGUCCUUUCCCGGGCCGGUGCCUUCCAUCCUCCAAUCAGAGUUCUGAGCACGUGCGCCCCCGAUGCCCUCCUCGAUUUCUCAUUGGCCUGGCCUUUCUGAUCACGCUCUGCCUGCUCCUCUUCACGCUGGGAAAGGCGGUGACAAAGCAAUGACUCAGUUGAGGCCUAGCGCCAAUGAGGGAGAGGUGGGCCUCUCAACCAGCCUAUACGCAGGCGCGUGGGUUGGCUCUUUCAGCACCUUCCAGGUCCCAGCUGAGAUUCCAGAGGGUUUGUUAAAGCGACAGUCACCUCUUCGCUCUGGGUCUAGUCCAAAUACCAGCUAAGACCCCGGCAGCCACGGACCCAGAGGGGCUGCCUGCGUUUGUGAGUGGUGCUGGUCAUCCAGACCCCGACCCUAACCCCGGCUUCGGCCAGGUGAAAGGAACAUCAUCUCUGUGUGGCCGCGGGGCGGCAGCCAGAGAGCAGGUGGUCAGUGUGGAGAGGAAACAGAUGGGGGGCGAGGCGGCCACUGGGGCAGCUGCCGCGGCAGGACUCGGGGCUGAGGGUCGCGUCAAGAGUCUGGGGCUCGUAUUCGAGGACGAGCAAAAGAGCAGCUACUCGAGCGGUGAGACCGUGGCCGGCCAUGUGUUGUUGGAGACCACCAAACCCCUAGCCCUUCGAGCACUCCGCCUGGAGGCCCAGGGCCGGGCCCGAGCCAACUGGAGCCGGAGCUCUGGACAUCUUGGGCUCGACACCUCGGGAUCCCUGACGGCGGAGGUAGAAUACCUGAACAUUCGCCAGAACCUGCGGGAACCUGCUGCAGGUGAAGGCAUCAUUUUAUUACAACCGGGAAAACAUGAAUUUCCAUUCAGCUUUCAGCUCCCAUCUGAGCCUUUGGUGACAUCAUUCACUGGGAAGUAUGGCAGUAUUCAAUACUCUGUGAGAGCAAUCUUGGAACGCCCUGUGGUACCCGACCAAAGUAUAAAAAGAGAACUCCAGGUUAUUAGUCAUAUUGAUGUCAACACACCAGCUUUAUUAACACCUGUAUUAAGAAGUCAUGAGAAAAUGGUUGGCUGUUGGUUUUUCACUUCUGGUCCAGUCUCUUUGAGUGCAAGAAUUGAGAGAAAGGGAUAUUGUAAUGGUGAAGCAAUACCAAUCUAUGCAGAAAUUGAAAAUUGUUCAUCUCGUCUGAUUGUUCCCAAAGCUGCCAUUUUCCAAACACAGACUUAUUUGGCUAGUGGGAAGACCAAGACUUUUCGUCAAAUGGUUGCCAAUGUUCGAGGAAACCAUAUUGCUUCUGGAAGCACAGAUACAUGGAAUGGCAAGACCUUGAAAAUUCCACCUGUUAUACCAUCCAUCCUUGAUUGCUGUAUUAUCAGAGUAGAUUAUUCCUUAGCUGUAUAUAUUCACAUUCCUGGUGCUAAGAAACUGAUGCUAGAGCUACCAUUGGUGAUUGGCACAAUUCCAUACAAUGGAUUUGGGAGUAGAAAUUCCAGUGUUGUUAGCCAAUUUGGUGUGGACAUGAGCUGGUUGACAUUGACAUUGCCAGAACAUCCUGAAGCACCACCAAAUUAUGCUGAUGUGGUAUCAGAAGAAGAAUUUUCUAGGCACAUUCCUCCUUAUCCUCAGCCAUCUGAUUGUCAGGAAGAAAUAUGCUGUCCUCUGUUUGCUUAUAUACAAGAAUUUCGAUUUCAGCCCCCACCUCUAUAUUCAGAGAUUGAUCCACAUUCUGGUGAUAUAGAAGAGACUCAGACUGUUUCAUUUGUGCUAUAACUGUUUCAGAAACUGCUACAAUCAUGAUCAGAUUAGAUGAUGAAUUCUUUCCUGCUGCCUUUGUUCAGAAGGGGAUAUAGAAGUAGGAGAACUUGGCUUUGGGUAUCAGUUUUGAGCAUAUAAAAGCUAAAGAAUGUAGAAGAUGGAAGAAAAUGUGGGCUUUUGAUAGAAGCAGUUUGUUUUUGGACAAGUUUGCGUGUUGGCCUUUUAAUAAUGGGACUGAAUACAGCAGUAUCACUGAAUGGAACUGGAUGUACAGAUGAAGGUGGAGUGAGAGGAAAGAACACUUGAAUGAUUCAAAAAAGAAAGUUGUCCCACAAACAUAAUGGAAACAAAAGAUGAACAUUUUAAGGGAUUGUGUCAGAAAUGAAAACAUCCAAAAAGUGGGUUUCUAUAAAUAAAUAAAUCAGCAACUGUCUUACUUUUUUUGAUAUACUAUAAGCAGGGAAAGAAUGUUCAAGAAGAGUAAAAUGAUAAAAAAAAAUCUUCUGCCAAUUCAAGUUUUUCCUAUUUAAUAUACUGAAAAAGACUAUUAAAACACUUGUGUAGACAUCAUGAUAUUAGACCAAAUGAAGAACUACAAUUUAAUUUUACCAAUGUCAUUUGAAGAUUCAGUUAUUAAGCAGUAAUUGGUACAGUAUUAUGAAAUUCAAAAUCGCUUCCAGUAAAAAAGUGAUUCAGAAUUCAAAGUGGUUACAAGUCAAAUUUGGAUGAUAUUCAGCAUAGUUUGUUAUUCUAGAGUUUUAAUUUUCUUAAUGGUUUUCUCAAACUAACAUAUAAAUCCUUUCUGUAACUAAAGGCACAUCUAGGAAAUUUAAAAGUUUCUGAUAGGUUUGAGUGACAUUCAAAAGCUUUUUUUAAGUCUACCUCUUCAAGAGUUGUAGUUACCUGCUUGAAGGUUAUAGACCUGAGGCCAAAAGCUGUAUUGAGCUUCUACUAUCUUAUAAUAUCAGAUUCUGUAGUCUUCUGUAACGAAAUUUUGAAAUAUACUAUUAGAAUUCUCACUGUCUAGAAUAAAUGAAGGUAAAUGUAUAUACAUAUAUGUAAAAACAUAUGUGGAAAUAUAUGCAUAUGCCUUUUACAUAUAAGCAAGAAAAUAGUAGUACGUACCAUACUGAGAAGAAAUCCUCUGAAAAGCAUUUUGCUUAAACUCCAUAUCAGAGAUCAGUGACAGUGAUUACAUACUUUACUGUCAUAGUCUUAAUAAUUCUAUCUAAACUGUGAUUUUUGUUUUGGUGCAAUAUUUUACAAUGUCACUUAACCUCAGGAUAUUCAGAUUAUCAUAAUUGUGUUGCUGCUAAAAGUACAUGUAGUUCCCCUCCCAUACCUUCAAUAUCAAAGUUAAGCUUCUGUGUUUUAAAUACAUUUUGUAUGGCAAACCGAUGAUUCGGUACUAUUUCAGAAAGGUAUAGGACUGGACUCCUAGCAUUUCUACCAUUAUUGUUCUGAUAUAAUGUCAAGUGAUAGAUUUAAAUUUUAAGUGACAAAGCAUUUGUUUUCUAUAUGUCAUAAGGGUUUUGAUUCAAGACCUUGGUGCUUCCCAUAAUCAUUAACUAUAAUUAAUAUAGAAACUUAAUAAGUUUAAAUGAUUUUCUGUUUAAAAAUCAUAAUCAUUAAGAUAGCAGGGAUUUUUCUACUCACAUUGUAUAUAUGUUUUCUUUGUACUUUUCAGAACAUACCUCUAAAUUGUUUGAGUUUUGUAAGGACUUCUUUUAAGCUCCUGUUUAAAAGUCACAUUAUAAAAACUGUGCUACUUGAACUAUUAACUUAAAUAAAUUACACAGCUUUAUUCUGUUUUGUUAUCUUAGCAUCUUCAAGUAGUCUUUAUUUUGAAAAUUGGCAAUUUGCAUGCUUGUAAAAAGAUAAGGCCUUUCCAUUAUGCCAAAACAGUUACUAUUUAGUUGAGAAAAUUUCUAUAUCAGAUUCCCAAAUAAAGGGAAGAAAAAAAAACAAUUAAACCUGUUCCUUGGUUACACUUCACAAAAUUAAGCACUUAUUAAACUUCCUGUUUUGACACCUUAAAAGAAUAAAAUUAUGGAAUGCACACAUCAUUAGUAGAAAAAAAGUGGCUUUAAAGCACAAGAAAAAAAUGGGAAAAUGAAUGCAUUUGCCUAAUUUUCUAUUUGUUACAGUUGACUAUAGUGUAAGGCUAUAAAAAAUCCUUGUCGAGCUAAGAAAAAUAUUUGUCUAUAAAAUAAUAAAAAUUGACAUUUGAUUUUACAUUUACCUCAAUAUCACUGUGGUACCAAGAAUAUUCAUUGAAGAGUAAACAUGCUGCUGGGAUGUGCUUGGUUUUCACCUCUUUGUGGCUCUUGUUUUGCAAAUGAACUGUGGCCUUAAAAUUGUUUGCUUUUAAAAAAUAAUUAAAAUGGAAAAUGUAUAUCUCUUGGCACAUAAAAAACCCUUUACAGGGAAAAAAUCUUAAUGCUCUCCUGUUUUGCACAAUAAGCAAAGGUUGUUUUUUUUUAUUUUUUUUCAUCUGUGAAAUUGUUUUUCAAUUUGAAAAAAAAAAGCUGUUACAACAUUAACCCACAGGAAAAAAAAAGAUUGUAUUUUGUAUUCAUGUAUGAACCCUAUGGGUUCCUUUUAAUAAAAAAUUAACACUCA